CUGUAGUCCCAGCUACUGGAGGUGGGGCAAGAGGAGGCUGAGGCAGGAUGUUCACUUGAGCCUGGGAGGUUUGAGUCUGCAGUGACCCUGAUGGCACCACUGCAUUCCUGCCUGCUGGGCGACAGAGUGAGACCCUGUCUCAGACAAACAAAAACCAAGGGGCUGCCAGGUGCCGAGGCGUGCAGCCACCCGUGGGACACGGUCAUCCAGGCGGCCAUGCGCAAGUACCCGAACCCGAUGAACCCGAGCGUGCUGGGCGUGGAUGUGCUACAGCGCCGCGUGGACGGCCGCGGCCGCCUGCACAGCUUGCGCCUGCUCAGCACCGAGUGGGGGCUGCCCAGCCUCGUGAGAGCGAUUUUGGGAACCAGUAGGACAUUGACAUACAUCCGAGAACAUUCUGUGGUGGAUCCAGUGGAAAAGAAAAUGGAACUUUGUUCUACCAAUAUCACACUCACAAAUUUGGUGUCAGUUAAUGAGAGGUUGGUGUACACACCUCAUCCAGAGAACCCAGAAAUGACCGUGCUCACACAAGAAGCCAUCAUCACUGUGAAGGGGAUUAGCCUCGGUAGUUAUUUGGAAAGUUUAAUGGCCAAUACGAUAUCAUCCAAUGCAAAGAAGGGGUGGGCUGCUAUCGAGUGGAUAAUUGAACACUCUGAAAGUGCUGUGAGCUAAGGAGGCCUGUGCCUGUGCUUGUCAUAAAUGGUGAUGCUUCCCAGAAGAAAGGAAAAAAGGUGGUGAGGAGGUGAGGAGAGGACGAGCAAGGACGGGACGGAAGAGCACGUCUGGCUGCGAGGGCACACAGGGUCGGGGAGGAGGAUUAGGCUGGACUGAUCGCGGGUCGCAGGUGACCCCGGGACCAGAUGUCCCUCCCCUCAUGAGCGUGCAACAGGGAGCAGCCCCAGCCAGCCCCACCGCCGCCGUCUGCGUGGAUGGAGGGCUCGAGGCCCUCGCCCGUGUCCCUUAGGGGCGGCGCCCAUCGUCCUGCCUGCCGCGGUGGCCCAGCCCCUUCUCUCCCUGCAGGUGACCCGCGCCGCCCCCGCCCGCCCGCCCACGCUGUCCACCACUUAGGCGCCUCCACAGAUGCUGGCGGGUGUGCCGCCCUCCAGCCUCUCCGCCCCCACCCCCGCGCCCCCGCCCCCGUCCCCUCGGUCCUGCAGAUCACCAAGCAGCUCUCCUGGGCCCGCGGCUGCUCCGGGCCUCACAUCUGCUGCUGGCCUCGGCGGGCUCUGACUGCGGGGCUCACGGGGCCUGGGGCCAUGGCUUUCUUCUUGGCCCCCAAAUGCCUUUCCUGGAGUGGCUAAACCUCUCCUGACGAGGCUCCUCAUGCGGGGAGAGGGCUGGGGUCCAGGGGUUUCCCGGCCCUUUCUGCAGGCUGUGCCAGCCCCCUCCAGUCUGCCACUGCCGUGCCCGGGGGACAUCCUGCGCCCAGGCUGGAGGCCCUGCCUCGCUGCUUGCCAGCCUCACCUGCUGGGGCUGGAGGCCAUGGAUCCCUCAUAGUAUCCAAGGUUUGAGUUCCUGUUUUUCGCCUUAUAGUUUUGUGAGUGUUUGAGGGACAACGACCAAAGGUCUUUUUCCCACCAUCUUUAAAUCAAAGUUGUUUAAAACAACAUUAAUUUCAAAAAAUACAUAAAAGCAACCCAUGCUUAUGGUUAAAAAAGAGUACAGGAGUCUGGAGUCCGUUGAAGGGUAAAGGCCUCCCGCAAGCUGCCAGUCGGCUCUUUUUCGCAAAGCCUUCCAGAAGUUUUCUGUGCUUAUGAAAGUGUAUGUGUGGCCUUUCUCUUCCCUUCUUUUAUUAAACACAGAUAGGUUUAUGCUGGAUAAA